UUAUGGUUCAUAUACUAAAUAGCAGUAAUUCAAUAUUUAUCUCGGUUCUACUAAUGCUUAUAUGUAUUGUAUCCUUCCAGCUGAUGCACUGGUAUCAACCGGAUUGGCUGAUUUAGGUUAUGUAUAUGUCAACAUAGAUGAUUGCUGGUCUUCUGUGACAAGAAAUCUGAAGGGUCAACUUGUUCCUGAUCCUAAGACAUUUCCAUCUGGAAUCAAAGCUCUUGCAGAUUAUGUACAUGGAAAGGGACUCAAGCUUGGCAUAUAUUCAGAUGCUGGGGCUUUUACAUGUCAAGUCCGGCCAGGAUCGAUUUUCCAUGAAACUGAUGAUGCAGAUUUAUUUGCCUCUUGGGGUGUAGAUUAUUUGAAGUAUGACAACUGUUACAAUCUGGGUAUCCCUCCAAAAGAACGUUAUCCUCCUAUGCGUGAUGCUCUCAAUGCAACUGGACGCAAAAUUUUCUACUCACUGUGUGAAUGGGGCGUUGAUAACCCUGCCUUGUGGGCAGACAAGGUAGGUAACAGCUGGCGCACAACUGAUGAUAUCAAUGAUUCGUGGGCAAGCAUGACAACCAUUGCCGAUCUUAAUGAUAAGUGGGCUGCAUAUGCUGGUCCUGGGGGAUGGAAUGAUCCAGAUAUGUUGGAAGUUGGAAAUGGUGGAAUGACUUACCAGGAAUACCGUGCUCACUUCAGCAUGUGGGCUUUAGCGAAGGCACCGCUAUUGAUCGGCUGUGAUGUAAGAAAUUUGACUGCUGAAACACUUGAGAUUUUAAGCAAUGCAGAAGUUAUUGCCAUCAAUCAAGACCCACUUGGAGUCCAGGGAAGGAAAGUUCAAGCUUCUGGUGUUGAUGGCUGCAGACAGGUUUGGGCCGGUCCUUUGUCAGGAAAUCGAUUGGCUGUUGCUUUCUGGAAUCGAUGCUCAAAAGUUGCCACUAUAACAGCUUCAUGGGAAGCACUUGGGCUUGAAUCUGGAAUUCAUGUCUCUGUGAGGAAUCUGUGGCAGCACAAGUUAGUAACUGAAGAUGCAGUGUCAUCAUUCGGUGCUGGAGUUGAUAUCCACGACUGUCAACUGUACAUUUUCACUCCAUUUACAGUAUCUCACUCUGUUGAGUAACUCAUACUUCAUCCACUCAUGUUCCAUCUGUAUAGUCCAUUAUGGUUGCUACAUCAUAGUUUUCUGUUCUUCUCUUCUCUUCUCUUCUGUUGCAUUAUUUGUUGAUCAGACAUGAACAACUUAGAAUAUUUCGAUAUCUUGGGUUUACAUCUCAAAUA